AUGGCGAUGAACGUCACACGAAGCACCAGGGCUCUGGGAGCUCUGCGGCCCCUGGCAGCUCGCUCCGCUCUCAAUGCCCGCCAGUACUCCUCCUCGUCCGAGCCAGACCUGAAGACCACACUCAAGCAAGCUAUCCCGGCUAAGCGGGAGCUCUUGAAGAAGGUCAAGGCACACUCUUCCAAGGUCAUUGGCGAGGUCAAGGUUGAGAACACCCUCGGCGGCAUGCGCGGCCUCAAAGCAAUGGUCUGGGAGGGUUCUGUCCUUGACGCGAACGAGGGUAUUCGCUUCCACGGCAGGACCAUCAAGGACUGUCAAAAGGAGCUUCCCAAGGGCAAGACUGGCACCGAGAUGCUGCCCGAGGCCAUGUUCUGGCUGCUCCUCACCGGCCAGGUCCCUUCCACAAACCAGGUCCGCAAGUUCUCCCGCGAGCUGGCCGAGCAGGCUCAGCUGCCCGCCUUCGUCAACAAAAUGCUCGACGACUUCCCCAAGGACUUGCACCCCAUGACGCAGUUUGCCAUCGCCGUCUCCGCCCUCAACUACACUUCCAAGUUCGCAAAGGCCUACGAGCAGGGUCUCAACAAGGCCGACUACUGGGAGCCUACAUUCGACGACGCCAUCUCGCUGCUGGCCAAGCUUCCGACCAUCGCCGCCAAGAUCUACCAGAACUCGUACCGCGGCGGUGGCGCUCUCCCUGCCGAAGUUGACCUCGAGCAAGAUUGGUCCUACAACUUUGCUGCAAUGCUCGGAAAGGGUGGCAAGAAGAACGAGAACUUCCAGGAUCUGCUGAGACUCUAUCUCGCUCUCCACGGUGACCACGAGGGAGGCAACGUCUCGGCCCAUGCCACCCACUUGGUUGGCAGCGCCUUGAGCGAUGUCUUCCUUAGCUACAGUGCCGGUCUGCAAGGUCUCGCUGGACCUCUUCACGGACUCGCCGCACAGGAGGUUCUCCGCUGGAUUCUCCAGAUGAAGGACAACAUUCCCAAGUCCUAUUCCGACAAGGAUGUCACCGACUAUCUGUGGUCCACCCUCAAGUCGGGCAGAGUCGUCCCCGGUUACGGCCACGCCGUCCUCCGCAAGCCCGAUCCUCGCUUCGAGGCCCUGAUGGAUUACGCCGCUGCGCGCCCCGAGAUCGCUCAAGACCCCGUCUUCCAGCUGGUCGAGAAGAACAGCCGCAUCGCCCCCGAGGUUCUCAAGGAGCACGGCAAGACCAAGAACCCCUACCCCAACGUCGACUCCAGCUCAGGCGUUCUCUUCCACCACUAUGGUUUCCACGAGACUCUGUACUACACCGCCACUUUCGGUGUCUCCCGUGGCUUGGGGCCUCUGGCCCAGCUCAUCUGGGAUCGUGCCCUUGGUCUGCCUAUCGAGCGCCCCAAGAGCAUCAACUUGGAGGGUCUCCUCAAGCAGGCUGAGAGUUCGUAA